UUGAAACUCUAUUUUCAGCAGUGUCGCGCUCGUCUCGCGAUGGAGUCUUACAACUCCACGGCCUGUCAAGAUGGCUUCCUCGGGCCUAGUGUAUGGACUGAGGGCUGUCGCGGCGGCUUUGACUUUACCCUCUCUUUUCAAGAGAGUAUCAUGAGCAUUGUACCCUCUGCUCUGUUUCUUCUCCUCGCUGGUCCUCGAGCCGCCUAUCUCCUUAGAUCCCCAGACAGGGCAAAGCGUCACGCGACUUAUACGCCUAAACUUAUUACCUCUGCUAUCUAUGCAGCUUUACAGGUGGUUCUCGUAGCGCUAGUGCCCACUACCAAGCAUCUCAACACCCGCUUCUCGCUCGCUUCAGCCGUUGUAAACCUCUUGGCAGCCUUUGCCAUUGUUCUCUUGGCUCAUAUUGAGCACGUCAAAUCUAUUCGCCCGUCUUUUCUGCUUACAGCUUAUCUCUUCGUCUCGCUGCUUUUUGAUGCCGCCCGACUUCGGACCGAGUGGCUCAUGCUGCUCAAUCUUUCCUACGCUGCGACCUUGUCGACCUCCACAGUCUUCAAACUAGCUGUCUUGGUUCUCGAGACCAUCGAGAAGCGCAAGAUUCUGAUCACUGCGGAUCAUGUCCCUUCGAAAGAGAGCACAAGCGGUCCCUUCAGCCGCGGCUUCUUUGUCUGGCUGAACUCGCUCCUCUUCUCGGGUUGGGCUACUGUGUUGACCAACAAUGACUUGCCCACGAUCUACGAGAAGCUUUCAUCUGAGAAACUUGCUCUUCGAUUUGGCAAGGCUUGGCAGAAAGCCACCCAGAAAAGCAAGAAGCCUUCCUUGUUCUUCACCACGAUCAGGGUCCUGAAAUGGGAGCUUCUCAGCAUCACGCCGCCACGGCUUGCCAUGAUUGCUCUUAGCAUCUCACAGCCUUUCCUUGUUAGCCACGCCUUGCGUUUCCUCACUAUGCCAGCAUCCGAAGCUACUAUGAAUCUCGGUUAUGGCUUGAUUGGCGCCUUUGCUUUGGUCUUUAUCGGAUCAGCUAUCAUCACGGCAUGGUAUGAGCACUUGACCUUCCGGGCUGGUGCCAUGGUACGGGGUGGUUUGAUCACACUGAUCUACGGCAAGAUGAUGAAGCUGCCCACGGAUGACCUCAAUGAGUCGUCGGCCGUCACCCUCAUGGGUAAUGAUGUUGAGACGCUUACGGAAAAGCUUCACAUGCUGCUGGUAGAGUCUUGGGCAAACACCAUCACAGUCGGCAUCGCAAUGUGGAUGCUUGCAGCUCAGCUGGGGGCAGUUUGCGUGGCACCCAUCAUUACAGCAAUCAUCUCCUUGAUUCUCUCUGGUAGUAUCGGCAAACUGAUGGUCCCACGCCAAAUGGUCUAUCAAAAGGCAACUCAGGACCGUAUCAACUUCACCUCCGAGGUGCUCAGCUCCAUGAAGCCAGUCAAGAUGCUUGGAUACUCGGAACGCUUCCAUAGUCUUAUUGCACAGAAACGAGAUGAAGAAAUUGAAGUUAGUAAACGUUACCGCAUGAUAAGCGUUUACGCCAACUGCAUAACAAACUGCAACAUAAGUCUGACAGAGGCCAUCACCUUUGGCGCAUAUGCCAUUGCUGCCAAACUCGGAGGCGGGGAGCCAUUCUCAGCUGCUCAGGCAAUCACCGCUUUGUCCAUCUUGGGCGUCAUGAUGGAUCCGCUGUCACAUCUUCUGGGCAACAUUCCAAACUCAUUUUCUGCUUUUGGAUGCUUUAAGCGGAUUCAAGAGUUUUUGAUGCUCGAGGAGAGGAUAGACCGCCGCCAGAUUCACGACAACCAGAGUGGCCCUUCAUCGAAAUCCUCUCAAGAGAAUACUGAAACACAACACGAAGCGUUUGAGCUGAAGACUCUGGGAAAAGUCGGAUUCGAUGGUUCCCGGAUCUCAAUUAGUGAUGGAAACUUCAACUGGGGCGAAAAGACUGUUCUCAACGGCAUCAACACGGCCUUUCCUCGACAUAAGAAUGGGUCACUUGUCAUGGUGAUUGGUCCUGUUGGAUCAGGCAAAUCAAGCUUCCUCAAAGCCAUCCUUGGUGAAACAACAUCUUCAAAAGGUCGAGUGUCUCUGAGUUCACCAGAAAUUGCCUUUUGUGAGCAGUCCCCAUGGGUCAUGAAUGCAACGAUCCGAGCAAACAUUAUUGCCGAGUCAAAGGGCUUUGACAGCGCUUGGUUUGACACUGUUGUGAAUGCCUGUGAUCUUUCAAUAGAUCUUGGCAGGUUCCCCAAUGGAGAUCUCACCAUGGUUGGGGAUAAGGGAGUUAAGCUCAGUGGAGGUCAGAAGCAGCGGCUGGCAAUCGCUCGAGCGGUUUACUCAAGAAAGCCUGUGGCCAUGUUUGAUGACGUCUUUAGCGGACUAGACAAAGUGACAGAGCAGGCUGUCUUCAGCCGAGUCUUUGGAAGAGAUGGACUUCUUCGAAAGAAUGGAACUACUAUUAUCCUAGCAACCCAUGCUGUCCAUCGAUUACCGGAGUCAGACUUUGUCAUUGCCCUGGACAAGGGGGGUAGACUGAUCGAGCAAGGGACCUUCUCUGGCCUACGAUCCGGAGGGGGCUAUGUGGAGAGUCUCGACAUUUCAAGCCACUUUGAUGAAAGCGACAGCAGCCCUUCUGAAUCCAGCGACAGUCCUUCCGAGCCCAAGCGUCCCGAAAGCCAGCCUCAGCAGCAGAAAGACGAGGCUGAGCCCCCGAGCGACAGGAGCGUCUUUAUGUAUUACUUCAAGGCCAUUCGAGGACACAAUAACACGAUGCAGGUCUUUCUGAUUGUUACCCAAGGCGUCAUUGCUUCAUUUAGAUACGUCUGGAUCACCUGGUGGGGUGAUGGCAAAGGACGUGAUAGUUCAGAUGUGGGAUAUUGGCUGAGCAUCUAUGGUGUCUUGUCUCUUCUCGAAGGACUACUCAUCACUAUGGCCAUCGCGUUGUUUCUUCUCGUUGUUGGACCGACGAGCGGCAAGACGCUUCACCGUCGGCUCUUGGAUGCAGCCAUGAGCGCACCGAUGUCGUUUCUGAAUAACAGUGAGGCUGGGUCGCUGAUUAACAGAUUCAGUCAAGACCUGCGGCUUGUUGACACGGUCUUGCCCCUCUCUCUAUCCGUCUUCCUUUUCGAGGUCGCCUCAUGCUUCGGAGCUGCCGGCCUCGCCAUCGCCGCUGUCGGCUGGUUCGCCGUCUCCAUCCCUUUUGUUAUCGGCGUCCUCGUUUUGAUUCAGCGCUUCUAUGUUCGAACCUCGAAGCAACUUAGACUUUUGGAGAUUGAACACAAGGCUCCUUUGUUCUCGCAUUUCCUCGAGUCAAUCAAUGGUCUCGCGACUAUCAGAGCGUUUGGUUGGAUUCAGCCGUAUACUGACAAAGUACUCCUUCGACUUGAUGAUGCACAGAAGCCUUCUUAUCUCCUCAACUGCAUCCAGCGAUGGUUGACACUUGUUCUGGACAUGGUUGUUGCUUUCUUGACCGUCAUUCUCGUCGUCUUUGCUGUUACUCUGCGGGAAAAGAUUAACCCUUCCCUCCUUGGUAUCGCACUUGUCAACAUGAUGCGUCUUGGAGCCAACAUGAAAGGCAUCAUUUUGUACUGGUCCAUAUUGGAGACUUCGUUAGGAGCCAUCACACGCAUUCGCGCCUUUUCUUCGGAUGCGCCCAAUGAGCAGAAGCCAGGAGAGGAUAAGCAACCAGGAGAAGCAUGGCCAAGUACAGGGAGGCUGGAAGUCAAGUACUUGGAUGUCCAGUAUGAACAAACCGCCGAGCCUGUCCUUCGCGGGCUCACGUUCAGCGUCAACCACGGAGAAAAGCUUGGGUUGUGCGGCCGAAGCGGCAGUGGGAAGAGCUCGUUUGUGCAAGCUUUGCUCAGAAUGGCCGAGAUCGUCAACGGUCAGAUCACUUUGGACGGCGAGGACAUCUCUGUCAUUCCCAGGUCUUUGAUCCGCCAGCGACUCAGCUGCUUGACCCAAGACCCGUUUCUCUUCAGUGACACCAUCAGGUUCAACGCCGAUCCUCUGAGCAAAUACUCUGAUGGAGAGAUCAAGAAUGCUCUGGAACGGGUUGGUAUUUGGUCUGUCAUUCAAGCCAAGGUUGGCGAAGACAAGGAGCCCCUUGAUGAAAAGAUGGAUGAGAACUUUCUCUCACACGGACAGCGACAACUCUUCUGUCUUGCUCGCGCUUUGCUAAAGAAGAGCUCUCUACUCAUUCUAGACGAACCUACAAGCAGCGUUGAUACACAGACUGACGCCAGGAUUCAAGAGGUCAUCAGAUCAGAGUUUUCAGACUGCACCAUCAUCAUGAUCGCCCAUCGCCUUGAUACACUACUCGACUUUGACAAGGUUGCAGUGCUGGAUAAGGGUGCUCUCGUUGAGUUUGGCGCUCCGAUGGAGUUGUUGGCUGAUGAAGCCGGUGCUUUUACGAGGUUGCAUCGUGCCGACAAGAGCAAGGCCAGAGCUUGA